AGUGGAUCUGAUCUAUUUGUCUAAAUUUAUUAUAACCAGAUUGACGAAUAGUCUCGUUUUAACACAUGUAUAUUUAAUGGAGACUUUUCUGGUUCUGAUUCCGAAUCCGGGGAAAACUUUACCGACACACCGGAAAGACCAGGCCGGUGACUUCCUGCUGAGGAUCUGAAGUGGGUGAAAGGUGAAGACAACCUGCAGGAGACCACAUAUCUGCAGGAGACCAGAUCUCUGAGGUUCGGUUCGGUUCGGUUCGGUUCCUGGUCGCUUUAAUCUCACCUGAGAACCACGAUGCUGCAGAACACGGGGAAGCUAGCUGGCUGCACUCUGUUCAUCACCGGAGCGAGCCGAGGCAUCGGGAAAGCUAUCGCCCUGAAAGCUGCCAGAGACGGAGCUAACAUCGUCAUCGCCGCCAAGACCGCGGAACCUCACCCGAAGCUACCGGGAACCAUCUACACCGCGGCCCAGGAGGUGGAGGCGGCCGGGGGGAAGGCGCUGCCAUGUGUGGUCGACAUCCGGGAUGAGCAGCAGAUUGGAGACGCUGUUCAGAAAGCUGUCGACAAGUUUGGAGGAAUCGACAUCCUGGUGAACAACGCCAGCGCCAUCAAUCUGACGGGGACCCUGGAGACGCCCAUGAAGAAGGUCGACCUGAUGCUGGGGAUCAAUCUGAGAGGAACAUACCUGACGUCCAAGCUGGUCAUCCCUCACCUGCUGAAGAGUGGCAGACCUCACAUCCUGAACUUGUCGCCUCCGCUGAACCUGAACCCUGUCUGGUUCAAGAAUCACACAGCGUACACCAUGGCUAAGUACGGCAUGUCCAUGUGUGUCCUGGGAAUGGCCGAAGAGUUCAGAGGUCAAAUCGCCGUCAACGCCCUGUGGCCCAGGACAGCGAUCCAGACGGCGGCCAUGGACAUGCUGGGCGGGGAUGGCAUCGGGAAACAGUGCCGCACCGCUGACAUCAUGGCAGACGCCGCCUACGCCGUCCUGUCCCAGCCCAGGGACUACACGGGACACUUCCUGGUGGACGAGGACGUCCUCAAGGAGCAGGGAGUCAGAGACUUCGACCAGUACGCCGUCCAGCCAGGUCACCCUCUGCUGCCGGACUUCUUCCUGGAUGAGACGCCCGAGAACCUGGCCCAGCAGAUGGAGCAACACGGGGCAACGCCAGCCUUCAAACCACCACCAUCCUCCACGGCCACGCCCCCCUCAGGUGGACCAAUAGAGAACACGUUUGAGGCGAUCAGAGGAGUUCUCAGCGAGGACGUGGUGAAGUCGACACAAGGAAUCUAUCAGUUCGACCUGUCAGGAGAGCACGGGGGCGUGUGGUUCCUGGACCUGAAGAGCGGUGCUGGCAGCGCGGGACCCGGCGAGCCCCCGGUCAAGGCGGACGUUGUCAUGGCGAUGGACUCCAGUGACUUCAGCAAGAUGUUUUCAGGGAAGCUGAAGCCCACGAUGGCCUUCAUGUCAGGAAAGCUGAAGAUCAAAGGCGACAUGACGCUCGCCAUCAAACUGGAGAAACUGAUGAGCCGCAUGGGCAAGGCCAAACUGUGAGGCCCCGCCCACUGCUCUGUCAGGCCACGCCCACGGACCCUCAGGCCACGCCCACGUCUGUAGCUGUACAUGUUGCCUUAUAAUAAACUACCAUGUGACCAGGAGAGGACGCGCUCAGACCGAUGCAGGCUGGGUAAUGAAGUUUAACUGUGUGUAGUUAGAGGAACUUCAGGUCGGACUCAUUAAUUAAAUGUUUUUCAGAUUAAUGAUGAAAUAAUGAACAGGUAUUAAUAAUAAAGUGUUGGUGCUGA